GUUUCUUGUUAUCUUUCUUUUUAUCCUCCUUAAUGAACAAAGGGCUGGAUGAUAACGUUUCUGUCUUAUUUUCCUUUUGACACUUUUUUUGAUUAUCACAUCACAAUAUUUUUCAAAACUUUUUCUAAAGUAUUCCUGUGGAAUAUGGGUAAGUUGGGCAUUUUUUUUUUCGAAAUAUUUGUUUUGUUGAUAGAACGGAAUUCUUGGAUCUAGAAAUCAAAAUUUUAGCAAUUGAGAUACUUAGAAACAAUAUUUUUUGUAUUUUUUCAAAAUUCUAAGGACUAACCACUGAAUCACAAAUCAAAAAUAGGGAAUAGAUUCAUAAGUUCGAAACCUCAUAAUAGAACUUAUGCUUGAUAGAAAUAAGAAAUAUUAGAUCAUAUCGAAUCGAUAACCGAGGCGGGUUCAUUAAAAAUUAACAAAAAAUGAAAAAAAAAACAUUUAUCCCCCUUCUAUAUCUUACAGCUAUAGUUUUUUUGCCCUGGUGGAUCUCUUUUUUAUUUAAUAAAAGUUUUGAAUCUUGGGUUAUGAAUUGGUGUAAUACUAGUAAAUCUGAAACUUUUUUAAAUGAUAUCCAAGAAAAAAGUAUUCUAGAAAAGUUCAUAGAAUUAGAGGAACUCAUUCACUUGGACGAAAUGAUAAAGGAAUAUCCGGCAACACGUCUACAAAAGUUUCGUAUCGGAGUCCACAAAGAAACGAUCCAAUUGAUCAAGAUGCACAAUGAGGAUCAUAUCCAUAUGGUUUUGCACUUCUCAAUAAAUAUAAUCUGUUUCAUUAUUCUAAGCGGUUAUUCUAUUUUAAGUAAUGAAGAACUUAUUAUUCUGAAUUCUUGGGUUCAAGAAUUCUUAUAUAACUUAAGCGACACAAUAAAAGCUUUUUCCAUUCUUUUAUUAACCGAUUUAUGUAUAGGAUUCCAUUCACCCCACGGUUGGGAACUAAUGAUCGGCUCUGUCUACAAAGAUUUUGGGUUUGCUAAUAACGAUCAAAUUAUAUCUGGCCUUGUUUCCACUUUUCCAGUCAUCCUCGAUACAAUUUUCAAAUAUUGGAUUUUUCGUUAUUUAAAUCGUGUAUCUCCGUCACUUGUAGUGAUUUAUCAUUCAAUGAAUGACUGAAAAAUGAUCCAUGAAUCCAAUUAGAAUGUUUGUUAUUUUGUACAUAAGUAAAACAUUCAAAAUCUUAUUAUCAAACAAAACUUUACUAUAUACUAUAUU